AUGAUCUCCAUGUGUCACUCCAAGAAAAACAAGGUAGACUCUAUCCACCAGAGAACAGGGCGAGCCUGGACGCAACAGGUCGAUACAUUUGUGUUCCAAAUUUUAGCCAAGCGCGAAGAAGAAGGCAAAAAGGGUCACAUAUUCCAAGACGUAAUCGACGACUACAUCCACAAACUCUUGUGGUACAAACGUGACAUCCCCAACACUAAGGGGCGAGAGGUCUUCGGCGACGAGGAAGCCUUCGCAUCUCGGCCAAAGCAAUCUGCCGCUUUGCCCCCCAAGAACAAGGCUAUCAGCGAACUCUACAUGGCUGGUGGAGGCGCCCACAACCCCAACAUCACCGAUCACAUCCAGAAAAGAUUCCCGCACAUGCGCCUGACAUGGCUCGACGAAGUCAAAUUUCCCAGCGAUGCCAAUGAGGCCGUUUCUUUCGCAUGGAUGGAGAUGGAAGCUAUAGUUGGCCGGCGUUUAUUGGGGCCGAAGCGCGUCGAAACCGACACUCCUUGCGUUGUUGGCGAGAGCACUCCCGGUAACAAUUUCGGCGAGCUCAUGACGAUGGGGACGGAGUUUGGUAAGAGUUACAAGGGCAUGCUACCGGCGGUGAAGAUUCUCCAAAUCGAGAAGGGCUGGACUGGCAAGACCGUGCAUGACUACGUUCUGGUGAUCCAUGGAAUGAAGUGGCGGUAG